AUGGCAGCCAUGACUAGAGAUGUGCAACUAGAAAUGGGGAGGGAGGGGAGGAGAGAAGAGGAGGAGGGGGAGGGAAUCCAAUUUGUUGUUGAUGACUCUGGAGGGUUUUCUGGUGUAGCUGCAGAGUUUCUGGAGAACAUUGCAGAUGAUUACACCAACAUCCCUGUAUUACUAUAUUCAGCCCGCAAUCCUCGCUUGCACAUGACCACCAAAAGUCAGAAGCAGUCAAUCUCUAGUAGUCUUCAUGAUGCAAUUUCAUUUUCAAGAUUAUCAACCUUCUGUAAACUGAUCGUCCCUGUUGGACUACCCUCCCUGAGUAAAAGUAAAGCUUCCAGGUAUCUUUGCAUAGACGAUGAGAAGCCUUACCAUUCCAGUGCAGUUUAUGCCUCUGGCAUGCACUCCAUCAGCCUCCCUUUUCGAAUGGAACCUAUUGGGCCCACUACAGAUCUGACCUGUGCGUCUGGUGCACUGGAUAUGAACGAGGUCAUACAUAUGUUAGCUGGACAAGCAAGACAGAAUAUGGUCACUAUUUUGGAUGUCGCUAUGCCAGCACCUUCUUUGAUUGGGAACCAACUUGAGCAAUCCUUGCUUGAAAAUUUGGAACCUUUGACGCCUGAGAUAGCUGAAAAUGUUGAGGACUUGCAAGCAGUGGAGGCCAUGUCAGUUCAUGGAGUACUUGGGGCAGGAGUGCACGAAGCCACAGUUUCUGAGGUGAAAAGUGCUGUUCAGAAUGCUUAUGAAAAGGCACUGCAAAGACCCAGAUUCUCACAGUUGUCUGUGUCUCGAUGCCCUCUUCCCAUUCCUCUGCCUUUUCCCUCAAUCUUUGGAAACCUUGUUGGUCAACAUGGCGAGCUGUUGGGAACCCCAAUUUUAGGUUCUCCAUCAAGGGGAUCCCUUGAUGUCCAUUCCAUUCCCAUGGCAGCAAGAUUACGUUCCAGCAGCGCUAUUUUGCCAUUUCUGGAAAGUAGAUUGCACAAUCUUCAAAGGUUUGGUAUUCAGCGAGGAGCGCUCGGAGCCGGACUUCUUAGAAGUUGGGGUUUUGGCAAGGAGGAAUUGGUAGAUGCUGGAGAGGCACUGUCUAAUAUGGUCAGGACUUUGAGUCCCUAUUCUGAAGAAUCAUCCGAGUCAGAUUAAGUGGCUUAGGAUUUUCAGGCCCUUUGUGAAUGUUUCUCUAGUUUGUGAAGUUAAAUAGAUUUUCUUCACUGCUUUCACAAUUUGAACUUGUUUUAAGUUCAUUGCCCAAAAGGAGGAAGCAAAAAAAAAAAAAAAAGGGAUUUCUAGGUUACCGCUUGUUUUAUGAAAUCUUGAGUUGAUCAUUAGCCAAAUCUUUAGCAGACUAGGAAAAACAGUAGCCUCAAGUAUCAACUGGCGUGAAGUGGUAUUGACUGUUUAACCUUUGAGGUGGUUGAACCAAUGCAGAAAUUAGGUUUCCAUGUGCUUACUUUCGUGAACAA